AAAAACUCGCACGGUUAUACUAAUGAGAUCGCAACAAAUAAGAAAGCAAACGAAAUUUUAGAAAAAUACAUAUUUUGUAGUCCAAUUUGCCGGAUAUUUUGAUGCUAAUUGACUGGAAGCUUCAGUAAUUCGCAAUGGAUGCAGCCGCUGCAAAAGCCUCUCCCUUGGCUAACUCCAUGUCCACUUCCGGAUACACAAGCUCCACUUCCAGCGACAAAAUGAACUACGCACUGCAAGUUGCGCUGCAAACCAUAAAGGAGCGGUGCAUACAGCUGCAGCGACGCGUAGCCAACAUGGAGGAGGAAAAUCAGCGAUUAAGGGAAGCCUCAGCCAGGUCAGAAAGUGUUCUACCUGCAAACGGGGUUACCGGAGAUGUUCUCUCCCUCAGAACACAGGUCUCUGAACUGCAGCGCCAAAAGGAGCAGCUGGAAGAACACAUUAGCAUGGUAUCCAACGAGAACCGACGACUCUGGUCCCACCUUUCACAGAUCUCCAAGGAUCAGCAGUUAAACCAAGUGCCCAGCUCCCCAGACGCCCGGGCCCAGCAAAACCAAAACCUGGUGCGCUCCAAGACCUUCACACAGCACUCGCCCAAUCCUCUCCUGCGCCAAAAGGUGCUUUCUGAUGGCUUAAAAGACCUUAGUCUGGAGGAAAUAGCUUUGGAUGACUUUGGUGCCAGUAACGAGGAACUGGGUUACCCCUACAACCUUCAAAAAUGUGAAGAAAGUACCAGUGAACAACCAGAUGCCAACGUGGAUGCCAAAAAAUGCAUGGAUGGACUGCAAGAGAUGAGGCGGGAGGCCAUGAAACAGCAACAGGAGCUGAGUUCGGCUCUGACUUUACUUGAAAGUCGUAUUGCCCUAAAACCGUGUCCAGAAUGCGCCCAGAAAACAACCAAGAAGCCGGAGAUGGCCGACAAAAGUCUUGAAACAGACGACAGCCUAUCCAGCGAACUUAAAAACUAUGAGCACCAGCAUAAUGGUCACAAUGGAACCCCGCCCAGGAUAAAUAUAAUUCAAGAAAAAAUCAAGGCCGAUGCAGCUGAUGCUAUGGAGAAGACCUGCCCCAUGUGCGGCAAACUAUACUCCAGCCAGGUGUCCUUCAAUGCCUUCCGCGAGCACGUGGAGAUGCACUUCAUCGACGAUGCACUUGACUUAGAAACGGAGAACAGCAUGGAGCGGCAGUUCGAGUUUGUUUCCCAUGCAGUGGGCGACUUCUGACCCAGCAGGCGCAUAUACUUCGCCACAGAACUAUGAUCUGGGGCAAAACAAAGGAUUGAGAUGCAGUUUGACUGCCCGGAAACAGCGUGCUUGUUACGUUUCUAUUGAUUAGACCUGUAAGCGUACAUACGAUUAAUCAAAAUUUGAUUACAUUCUACAUUUAACGUAUAUGAUAUCUUUGAAGAGUGUACAUGAAUACUUAGUUGUUAGUGACAGAAUAUGAAAUACACUUUAAAUGUGAAGCCUAAAAA